UAUAAACAAUAAACUUACAUUCAGCGAAAUGAAACUUCAUUAUUUGUAAAUAAUGAAUUUAGACUCCCGGCGAAAUAAUUUAUUUAUAAAUAAUAAGAUUUACAAACUUUAUGAUAUGUAAAUAACUAUUUGAGAGAUGACCUGAUUUAUAAAUAAUUGAAGUUGUGUAGUUUAUUAUUUAUAUAUCAUAACUCUAUGAUAAAAGAUUAUUUAUAAACCAGGACGAACCUAAAAUAAUUAUUUACAUAUCAGCGGGCAAGUUCUUUUGUCUGAUUUAUAAAUAAAUUUUCUGGCAUUUUCAAUUGUUUAUAAAUAAGGGGAAAAUGGCACAAAUUCGGUCUAAAUAAUAAAUUUACAAACGGCGCCCCAUACAAUGUUUUCUGACAUCGCACAAUAGCUUUUUUUGUGGUUAACUUUUCUCAUUUACAUUACAAUGUAAUCCAACGUGGAUACAAGGCAAUUUUGGGUAGAAACUACAAAAUUGCCGCAAAUUGCUUCACAUUCAUGCUAAAUUAUAAUUAUUGUAAUGGAAGUGAGAAAAGCUUAUCGUGAAAGGGCUCUUUCAAAAAUAAUGUGCGAAAAUUUCCUAUACGACUGCCGAUAAUUACCCUUUUUUCAGUACACCCAUUCUACACCCAGACUGGAUUUUCCGAUGGACAAAUGACGGGAGAAAGUUUUAUCACAACUGUGCUGCAGCUCAUCGCAAGGCUGAGGAAAUAAUAAGAAAGAGGCGAAAAGCUCUUCAGGAAAAUGGAGAGAAAAGCAAUGCCAAGGGGAAGAAGCAUCUGGACAUGGUUGACAUUGUUCUGGCAGCCAAGGAUGAAGAUGGAAAUGGUCUAAGUGACGAAGAGAUACGAGCAGAAGUGGUUACCUUUUUCGCUGCAGGGCAAGACACAGUAGCUGCUGGAAUUUCGUGGACAUUGUACAACCUAGCGUUGUACCCUAAACAUCAGAGGAAAUGUCAAGAGGAAGUCGAUGCCGUUUUUCGUGGCAAAGAAGAACUGGAGUGGGAUGACUUGUUCCAACUAAAGUAUGUGACGCUUGUCAUCAAGGAGAGCAUGAGGCUGUACCCACCCUUUCCAAUGUUCAGUCGUAGCUUGGACAAGUCGUAUGAGAUUGCAGGGAAAUUAGUACCCCAAGGGACGUGGAUCAUGAUCAAUGCAUAUGCAUUACAUCACAAUCCACAUGUGUGGAAAGAUCCAGAGGCAUUUGACCCAGUGAGAUUCACUGUUGAAGGCNAACGGUUGCACAUUGUUUUAAUAAUAACAAUUCUGACUGGUUCUGAUCCGGUGCUUCUGAGUUGUUGA